AGAAAGCGAGCGAGGGACCGAGCCGAAAGAGCCCGGAGGACAACUGCGAUCAAGAAACCAACCUGAGCUUGACCUUCAGAGACCAGGGUGACCCGGAUUUUCACCUGUAUUAACCAAUCAUUGGUGGAGUCCAGAAACUGCAUCUGUAAACUCAAUCUCAUGACAUUUGGGCAGCUUGUGUACCAGCAACUGAAGCUCUCCAUCGGUACUGUGCAACUUCACUUUCUUGGAUGAACUGUGCAAAGCAACAUCAGUGCAUCUGCCUAACAAAUGCUCCCUGAAGAACGCGAAGAUCCCGAAGGUGUUUGCAAGGGCGCCCCGUUAGCUUGCACACACCAUCCGUGCCCUCAGUGCCCAAUUCAUGGCCAUAACCUCCUGCUCCCCGCUCUCAGCUCGAGCCCUGGGCAGGCUGGGUGAGGCUGCAGAAGCGCUGUCUGCCUCCGGGGCUCUGUGCCACAGUGUCCCUUCGUCAAGACAUCGGCCACCACUCACGAGCGGUAACUGCUUGCCCUUCUCCAGCCUGGAAGAGGCACCCGUGGAGCAAGACUGAACUUGAACUGAAGUGAGAAGAUGGACAACAAAGUGUAAUGUUCCUGAGUUUGCCAAAAAUAUUUUACUUGCCAAACGACACAGCUUUCAUGGACUGAGAGACCUUUAGCAGAGAGGAACUGUGCAGCAGGAAAUCUGGGCUCAUUUCGCUGUGCAUAUCAGGCUGUGGCCAGAACCAAAGUAGCUGUGCUAACAUGUGAAAAGUCAUCUGGUGAAAGGCCACUACCAAACAGGCCCAACUCGGAGGAUGAAUAGCCUUAAUACAUUUUUUUUCUUGGUUUUGGUUCCAGAAGAUGUCUGUGUCUCAUGACUGUAAUAAUACUCAAUCAUCAUGCUAUAAUGAAGGGCUUUUCAUGUAAUCAUCUGUAGAACUGAUUACUUUGGUCUGUACCCUUAUCAUGCUGAGCUUCCUGGCAAAAUUCCCACUGACAUCAGUAAGAGAAGGAUUGGAACUUUCCUCAGCAGUUUACGGCUUUUGUUUGACAAUACUAUGCUUUUCAGACACUUCACAGUGGAGAUUAGGCAUUUAGACUCUUAAUUCCUGAAAUAUUAAAAAGCCUCUGUAGAGAUAACACACUUAUUCUCAGAAGUCUAAAUUUGUUCUGGUCAUUAUUGCUUCUAAGAGUACAGCACCAAUGCAAGGCAUGAACAGGUACUCAUUAAUGAGUGAAGGAUCAAAAGGUGGGACGGUGGCCAAGAAGCAAUGGAGAAUAAAAGUUUAGAAGGUUCCCCAUCAGACCUAAAGUUAGUGGCUCACCCGAGAGCAAAGAGUAAAGUGUGGAAGUACUUUGGGUUUGAUACCAAUGCAGAAGGAUGCAUAUUACAGUGGAAGAAGAUCUACUGCCGGAUUUGCAUGGCACAGAUUGCCUAUUCAGGAAACACGUCCAACCUUUCCUACCACCUUGAAAAGAACCACCCCGAUGAAUUCUGUGAGUUUGUGAAAAGCAACACUGAGCAAAUGAGGGAAGCCUUUGCCACAGCAUUUUCAAAAAUCAAGCCGGAGUCAUCACAGCAGGUUGUUCAAGAUAGCCUCAUCAUGAAGACCUACCAGAACUACGAAAACAAAAAACAUCAGGAACUGACAUCUGCAGUCAUCAGCUUAAUUUGUGAGGGCAUGUAUCCAGCCUCCAUCGUCGAUGAACCUACCUUCAAGGCCCUCUUGAGAACAGCGGACCCCAGGUAUGAACUUCCGAGCCGGAAGUACUUCUGUACAAAAGCAAUUCCUGAAAAGUACAGUGCUAUUAGAGAAAUUGUGCUGAAAGAGCUCACUGAGGUUCUCUGGUGUGGCAUAUCCACGGACAUGUGGAGGAGUGAAAACCAGAACAGGUCAUAUGUAACUGUGGCAGUUCACUUUCUCAGCAGCAGUCCUGCCAACUGCCUGGCUGUGAACUCACGGUGUUUGAAAACGUUCGAAGUGCCGGAGGAUAACACUGCAGAGACCAUUACACGAGUCCUUUAUGAAACAUUCAUUGAGUGGGGGAUCAAUACAAAAGUCUUUGGUGCUACGACAGAUUACAGUAAAGACAUUGUAAAAGCUUGCUCUCUCUUAGAUAUUCCCGUACAGAUGCCUUGCUUGGGGCACACUUUUAACGCAGGAAUACAACAAGCUUUUCAGCUCCCCAAACUCUGCAACCUUCUUGCCAGGUGCCGAAAGCUGGUGGAGUAUUUUCAGCAGUCUACGGUCGCCAUGUACAUGCUGAGCGAAAAGCAGAAGCAGCAGAAUAUUCUCCACUGCAUGCUGGUAAGCGACCGUGUUUCCUGGUGGGGAAGCACGCUCGCUAUGCUGCAGCGCCUCAAGGAGCAGCAGUUUGUCAUUGCGGCUGUUCUCGUGGAGGACAGCAACAACCACCACCUCAUGCUGGAAUCCAGUGAGUGGAAUACAAUCGAAGGGCUGGUGGAGCUGCUCCAGCCUUUCAAGCAGGUUGCUGAGAUGAUGUCUGCUUCAAAGUACCCGACGAUAAGUAUGGUAAAGCCACUUCUCCACAUGCUUCUGAAUACCACUCUGAACAUCAAAGAGAACGAUUUGAAAGAAAUCAGCAUGGCAAAGGAGGUGAUUGCUAAAGAGUUGUCAACCACCUACCAGCACACACCUGAGAUAGACAUGUUUCUCAAUGUUGCAACUUUCUUGGAUCCCCGCUACAAGAAACUGCCUUUUCUUUCAGCCUUUGAGAGGCAGCAGGUGGAAAACAGAGUGGUGGAAGAAGCAAAAAGCCUGCUGGAGAAAGUAAAAGAAAAUAGUUUUAGAACUGAGGAGAAAUUCUUCACUGUUUCAGAAGAGCCCCCUAUGAAAAAAAUCAUAAUCUCCUCUACUCCUCCUCCUACCAGUGUCAUCAACAACAUGCUUGCAGAGAUCUUUUGCCAGACAGGAGGCGUGGAAGACCAGGAGGAAUGGCAUGCCCAAAUCGUUGAGGAGUUGAGCAACUUCAAGUCACAAAAGGUCCUUGGUUUGAAUGAAGACCCAUUGAAGUGGUGGUCUGACAGACUAGCACUGUUUCCAGUUUUACCAAAGGUUCUUCAAAAAUACUGGUGUAUUCUGGCCACAAGGGUCUUCCCUGAACGCCUUUUUGGCUCUUCUGCUAAUGUAGUGAGUGCAAAGAGAAACCGGUUAGCCCCGGCUCACGUGGAUGAGCAGAUCUUUUUGUAUGAAAACAGUCGCAAUGGGUCUGAGGCAGAACCGGAGGAUGAAGAUGAAGGAGAGUGGGGUUUGGAACAGGAACAGAUUUUUAAUUUAAAUGACUCAGUAAACAUAAACAACAGUUUCUUUAAUAUUCGAGACAGUGGGUUUGUUUGACAGGACUGCUGCGGUACAUUUAAUGACAAAGAAAAGAGGUAUUUGUCUUAAGUUACCAAAAAUUCUUUUGUUGUAUGCUAUGAAUGCUGUAAAUAUUGAACAGUUGUAACAAACUUGAUUUAGCUUCCAUUGUCUGUGUUUUUCCCACUGUCUUAAAACAUGAAUGACUUGUGAUCAAACAGCACUGAAAUGAAUGAGGAAAUAAAUUCUACAAAGACCGUGA